CUUCGAUUUGGCGCCUGGGCUGUUAACAAAUAUGCCUGAGAAAGGGUUUAUCCUUUGCCCUUCUCUCCCCCGAGAGUGUUUCUCCUCCAAAUUUUCGUCAAUGGCUACUGUCCCUUCAGAGCUAUUCAAAUUAAUUCCCAAUGACCAAACAUCCCACACAUUUUCCUUUCAUUCCUUCUCUACUCCUUCAUCCAAAGUGGCGAAGGCGAGGAAGAGCAGUAACCGCCGAAGAACCCUAGUUUCCUGCAAAAAGAGCAAGAAUGAAGAAGCCUGGGAAGGGAAGAAAGUGGGUUCUAUUGAUUAUGACAAGGGGAAUUACAGAGUUUCAGUUCAGGUGAGUGGACUCAGGAAAGAUGAUAUCCCAAAAAGGUACCGAUUGCGAGUUGAAGGCGAUAGGUGGCAGAGGGAUUGGACAAUCUCUGAGGUGGUUCAGAGGAUUCUUAAGCUCAAUCAUUGGGAUGACAUUGAAGGAGUUCUCAAUAGCUGGGCUGGUCGGUUCGCUAGGAAAAAUUUCCCUGUUCUUAUUCGGGAAAUAACAAAAGCGGGCUCCCUUCAACACAGUGUUCAAGUUUUCCGUUGGAUGAAAAAUCAAAAGAACUAUUGUGCUAGGCAAGAUAUCUACAAUAUGAUGAUUAGGUUGCAUGCUAGGCAUAAUCGAAUAGAUCAAGCACGUGGAUUGUUCUUUGAGAUGCAAGAGUGUAGAUGCAAGCCUGACGCUGAAACAUACAAUGCUCUCAUAAAUGCACAUGGUCGAGCUGGUCAAUGGCGCUGGGCUAUGAAUGUUAUGGAUGACAUGCUUCGUGCAGCUAUUCCUCCUAGUCGGUUGACAUAUAACAACCUGAUUAGUGCUUGUGCGUCUAGUGGAAACUGGCGAGAGGCAUUGAAAGUCUGCAAGCAAAUGACAGAGAAUGGAGUAGGGCCAGACUUGGUGACUCACAAUAUUGUUUUAUCUGCAUACAAAAAUGGGGUUCAGUAUGCAAAAGCUGUUUCCUAUUUUGAGUUAAUGAAAGGAACAAAUAUUCGCCCUGACACGAUCACCCUUAAUAUAGUCAUACAUUGCCUAGUUAAGCUAGGGCAGUAUGGAAAAGCUGUGGACAUAUUUAACUCGAUGAGAGAGAAAAGAUCUGAAUGCCGCCCUGACGUUGUAACUUUCACAAGUAUCAUCCAUGCAUAUUCUGUUUGUGGACAAAUUGAGAACUGCCAGGCCGUAUUUGACUUGAUGCUUGCUGAAGGCUUAAAACCUAAUAUUGUAUCUUACAAUGCACUUAUUGGUGCAUAUGCCUUGCAUGGAAUGCAUAAAGACGCCCUCUUGGUUUUCAAUGAACUUAAAAGAAGUGGCUUCCGUCCUGAUGUUGUAUCAUAUACCUCUCUACUUAAUGCUUAUGGGAGAUCAGGACAACCUGAGAAGGCUAGAGAAAUAUUUGACAUGAUGAAACGGAACUCUUGGAAACCAAAUAUAGUGAGUUAUAAUGCACUAAUUGAUGCCUAUGGAUCUGAAGGAUUUUUAUCUGAAGCUGUGGAGGUGCUGCGUGAAAUGGAACGUAAUGGAGUUCAGCCAAAUGUUGUGACAAUAUGCACCUUAUUGGCUGCCUGUGGUCGCUGUGGUCAAGCAGUGAAAAUUGAUUCUGUUCUUUCAGCAGCUGAGAUGCGGGGCAUUAAAUUGAACACAGUUGCUUAUAACUCAGCCAUUGGAAGCUAUAUGAAUGUGGGGGAAUAUGAAAAAGCUUUAAACUUGUAUAAAUCUAUGAAAGGAAAGAAAGUCCCACCUGAUUCUGCUACUUUCAAUGUACUAAUUAGUGGUUCUUGCAAGAUGGCAAAAUAUGGUGAAGCACUCAAGUUUGUGGAUCAGAUGAUGUAUUUAAAAAUUCCUAUGUCUAAGGAGGUAUAUUCAUCUGCAAUUUGUGCUUACAGCAAACAGGGUCAGCUUGAAGAAGCAGAGUCAAUGUUCACCAUGAUGAAGGACACUGGUUGUUUGCCUGAUGUGAUUACAUAUACCACCAUGAUACAUGCAUAUAGUGCAGCAGAGAACUGGGAGACAGCACAUGCGUUAUUUGAAGAAAUGGAAAUGAAUGAUAUCACACCAGAUUCUAUUGCAUGCUCGUCUUUGAUGAGAGUUUUCAAUAGAGGAGGUCAGCCAGCCCGGGUUCUUCUUCUAGCAGAUAUGAUGAAAAUGAAAAGAAUCCCAUUUAAUGAUGCUACUGUCUUUGAAAUGAUAUCAGCCUGCAGCAUGCUACGAGAUUGGAAGACGACUAUUAAUCUAAUUGAAUUGGUGGAGUCCUCAAUAUCAGCAGUCUCAGUUGGACUUCUGAAUCAUCUUUUGCAUUUUCUUGGGAAAAGUGGAAAGGUUGAGACCAUGAUGAAGUUUUUCCACAAAAUUCUGGAGUCAGGUGCAGAUGUUUACUUUGAAACUUACUCGAUUUUGUUGAGGAAUCUUUCAGCUGCUGGAAAAUGGAGGAAAUAUAUUGAGGUACUGCAAUGGAUGGAGGAUACUGGGAUUCAACCUUCAGUCAGAAUGUAUCGCAAUGUUUCCUCCUUCGCAUGGAAAGGUGGUGGGACAGAAUAUACUGCUCUCUUUCAAAAAAGAAUAGGACUUCUAAAAAGAAAAGCAGGGGCUGGAACAGAUACAGGCUUGCUUUACCCUUCACCCUGUCCCACUUCAACAUUGAUUGACAGAACAAGAGAGUGAAACCAUCAAAACUCUAGAAUCACAAUCUAUUAUAUCUACUGAUCACUGGAUGUCAUCCACCACUGAAGGACAACCCUCCGUGUUCUAUUCAACUCAAUGAACCCUUAUCCCGACCAUUUGGGGUCAGCUGUCACAAAUGGAAAUCAAAUGAGGUUCAAAAUCUAUCAGAA